AUGUCAUCCACUAUAUUUGAUCAACAAAAUUCGUCUCCUGUUGUUGCACGUCGUCCACCAAUAUCUAAUGAAGACAUUGGUAAUAGUUCACAACGUAGUGUUAAUCGACGAAGUUUAAGUGACAGGCUUAGAAAUUUAUUUCGUAAAGAUUCUUCCUCACCUAAUCGUUCAGCUAGUAAUGAUAGACGUGUACCAACAAGUUCGGUACGUCAAACUUCAUCAUCACCCGAACCAAAUAGAUCAUCGACUGGAACACCCGGUCUUCGAGCACCUGCUGUCUAUUGGCCAUUCGGUAAAAAGAAAGCAAAAUUAUCAACAACACCAAGUACACCUAAAACUAGCAAAAAGAAGACAAAAGAUAAUCGAAAGACAAAACAAUCUACAGUACCACCUAUAGAAAUAUCAAGUCCCAUCUAUGUUCAAGAUAAUCGAACAUCAAGAUAUAGUCAAAAUUUUGAUUCUCGAACACCAGAAUAUGUACAUGAUAAUAAUGAAGGAUUACAACCAUCAACAAAUUAUGAUACAUUAACAAGACAAGGUUAUCGUGAUUAUAUGUUAAUUGAUGAAACUCGACAAUCUCAACAAACAAUUGUACCUGACGUCGAUGUUUUUAUACAUCCAACAUAUACAAAUAAUCGAAGUCCUUCACCAUCUAUGAAUCGUCAACGUUUACCAAACAUAAAUAUUGAAUAUCGUUAUCAAAAUGAUAAUUCAAUGCCAGCAGUUACAAUUCCAUAUGCAGAUGUUGAAGUUAUUUCAACACCUCAACGUAAGCGUAAAGUAGGUGAUGCUCCAUCAUUAAAUACUACACAAAUGGUAGUUGAUAAACCUCCUAUAUUUCCUCAAACAUCAUCUCGUCCUCCAUCAAAUACAAAUACAAAUCCUGUACAAUGGAGAAAUACAUCAUCAUCAUCAUCUACAUUAAAUACUAGUGAAACACGUGCAGCAUCAGCAUCAUCUAGAGAUCGUGAUGUUCCAAAAUUAAAUGCUCCUUUAAUAAAUUUUGGUGGUACAUCAAAUAAGAAAAAACCUAAACGUACAAAAUCACAAUCACGUGCUGAUAGAACGAGUGAUUCAUCAUCAACUAUUGCUAAUUUGGUAAAACUAAAUCCAGUACAACCAUAUCGACCAUGGUCAAGUACAUAUGGAUCAUUACCAGAUGCUGAAAUUAUUUCUGAUGAUAAUUAUACAUCAUACAGACCAUCUAAAACUAGUAUAAGUACAUAUCCAGGGUUAAGUGCUAUUGUUCGAUAUCAUAUACAUCCUACACCUGUUUAUCGUUUUGAUGAACAUCCACCAACGACUACAACAACACCACAAAGACCACGACGUUUUGAUACAUCAACUACAACAUUAAAUGACUAUGAAGAAAAUGAACCAUGGUCACGUUCUCCAGCAAAAGAUACAUCAACAUCAACUUGUAAUAUUCAACGUCAUGAUGGUUAUAUUCGACCAAUGACUCCACAAAACCCAUCUGUUUCAUUAGAUAUUGAUAUUGCUCAUAGAGAUCAUGAAGAUUUACGUGAUGCAUCAUUAUCACCAAUUCAACGAGCACCUUGUGAUUCUCCUGAACCUCCAGCAACUUAUCGUAGUUCAACAACUGUCUAUACUCGUGGUAGAACACCUUGUUUUUGUCCAGGUGAAAUUCGAACAUGGAGUUCACAAGAAAACGGUAUGAAUAAUAACUAUAAUGAUUCAUAUCAGAAACCAUUUACAUUUGUUCAAGUUGAGCGUACAAAUGAACAAAAAAAAAAUUGUUAUGAUCAUCAAACUGUACCACUAGAACAAAAAGAUACUUAUGAAGAACAUCGAUAUAGUCCACGAUAUGUUGAACAAGAUCUUUAUGAAAAACAACAUCAUAUAAUUGAUGAUAAUGAUCAAGAUAUGCAUGAAGAACAAUAUGAAGUAUCAUAUGUAUAUGAAAAUCAACAUCCACAAUAUACAUAUGAAAUACAACCGACUGAUCAAUAUUCAAGUGAUAAUUUUGGUAUUAACAAUAUGAUUUCGUCAAUUCCUACAUUUAACAUGCAAUCAUCAAUGAUAACCGAACGAGACAAUACUUAUGAUCAAUCGUCUCGUUCAUAUAUAGAUAGUGAAUAUAUACAGGAGCCUUUCUUAACAAGGGCUCCUGUUGAUGACUUUGAACGAAAUCUGCAUAGUUGUACAUUAAAACGUACAGAUUCUUAUGAUGGACUUGGAAUAUUAAUUUCUACUGAUAUUCAAACACGUACACAUCAUUAUAUUCGUGAAGUUGAACCAACAUCACCUGGUCAUAAAGCUGGUUUACGUAAAAAUGACCGUAUAAUUAGUAUUAAUGGUAUUAAUGUCGAGAAUAUGGAUUUUACUGAUGUUCUCGGUCUUAUUAAACAAGGUUUAAAUAACGAUAAUCUUCAGUUAUCUGUUAUUCACGAACCAGAACAUAUUUGA